UUGGAGGAUAAUCAGCUGGUCACAACAUCUGGUGUCGCUCUCCUGCUUCCGGGUGUUUUUAAAAGCCAAAGUCUAACAUUGGUCAGAGUCAGUUUAUUUUAUUGUCUAUGGUCAGAGUCACAAUAAACAUGGGGAUCACCAAACUGGCCGAUUUGAUUCGAAUUGAUGCUCCCGGUGCAAUAUCUCACAAGGAGAUCAGCGAUUACACUGGAAAGAUCAUCGCUUUGGAUACAUCCAUUGUUUUGAAUCAGUUUCGUACCGCGGUUCAUACAAUGCAAUAUUUGAGUCCUCUGACUGGGCUGUUAUUUCGCACACUUACUUUUCUGGAGUAUGAUAUCAAACCGGUCUAUGUCAUCGACGGGAGGCCCCCUGAAGAAAAAAGAGCUGUGUUGGAGAGGCGAGCUCAGAAUAAAGGCUGGAACUCCCCUUCACGUCCACACUCUAAUGCAGUUUCCUCACAGACACGAGACUGUGUGCAGCUACUUAAGCUUGUGGGCGUCCCUGUUCUCAUGGCGCCUGGAGAUGCAGAGGCCUUUUGUGCCCAUCUUGUGAAGACCGGUGUGGUAGAUGCAGUGGCGUCAGAGGAUAUGGACACUUUAGCUUUUGGAGGUUCUCUUCUCCUUCGCCAACUUAAUGCUAAGAAAGACAGUGAUAUCACAGAAUUCUGCUUGUCCAAGAUUUUAGAAAUUCUACAACUGUCCCAAAAGGAGUUUGUGGACUUGUGCAUCUUGCUGGGAUGUGACUACUGUGACAAGAUUGGAGGUCUUGGACCCAAGCGAGCGUUGUCGCUAAUCAAGAAACACCGAACCAUAGAGUGUGUGUCACAGAAUGUCAAUAGAAAGACACAUCCUGUCCCUCUGGGCUGGACUUAUCAGAGAGCCCGUAACCUCUUCCUUGAGAGCCUGCAGGUUCCGACACCAGAGUUGGAAUGGAAGGAGCCCGAUGAAGAGGGUCUGGUUGGCUUCCUGUGCCAGGAGAAACAUGUUGUAAAAUUGGACAGAGUUCGUGGUCGGAUGGAGAAGUUUCGUAAGUCUCGUGAAGAUAAACGCAAAGCAAGAGAGGAGGCAAAAGCAGCUGGGAAAUGUCAUCAAUCACGAAUUGAGGACUUUUUCCGUGUGACACGGAAGCGACAGUCUGUAGAGGCAGUGUGCCAUGGCAAAGAAAAACAACAAAAGACCAAAUGACACUGCCCUCUGCUGGUGGAAAGCAGGACUACCUGAUUCUCUGCACUGAUGGACUGCUAGACAAGGCCUUUAUUUGCACAAAAAGGCUUUUUGUUUUGGAUAUUAUUCUGAACAUGUAAAUGUUUGUAUAAUUCAUAUAUCAUAUUUGUUAGAUAUUUCACCGUUUUUUACUUUUUUUUUAAUGAAUGAGGAAACUAUGUUUUGUAACAUAACGUUUGGAUGAAGGAUGCAAAUGAAACAUGUGUGUUUGAUGAUUACAUUUUUGACUUGAGUCAAAAAUAUCUGGGGGGUAUUCAAACCCAGGUUGGUCAUUAAACCACGUAGGCUACUUGAAAUACCCCCCUGACCUUGCUAUUAAAAAACAGUUUCAAACCAA